CGUGCAGCCAGCAGUCUAUGUUGCGGAAAGUGCGAUAAGUUCUGGAUCAGCAGGCACAUCAUCAUUAGGAGCAGAGAACACUGCAGCCAUCGCCGAUUCGCCGCUGGUUUAGCUCUAAUAUCAGUCGCUGCAGCAUCCUCAAUUCUUCUCCAAGUCGGCAAAAAUGCACCUCAAGUUCAGAGUACAGAGUACUCUGGACCUCCACUCAGUUACUAUAUCGGCAAGUUCAAGCCUGCAAGUAUUGUAGAGGCUGCAUUUAUUUCUGAGCAUCAGAGUUCUCCAACUGUAGAGGCUUCUGCUCCUUCCAAACCCGAGAUUGCGUCGAAUGUGCAGGCUGAAGGUGAUGCAAGUGCAGCUCCUGAGGUCCAAGUUGAAUUGAAGGUGGAGGGUGAAAGUUCAAGUGUUGAAAAUGUUCCUUGACUGGAUGGAUCAAGCCACUCCUAUAUUAUAUUUUGGAUGUAUGAGUCAUUUUGGAUAUUAGAAACAUAUAUAUAAUAUUGGAUGCUUUUCAUUGUGUAUGUAUAUAUAAUAUUGGAUAUUUAGCACUGUUGAGA